AUGGUUGAUUGGCUGGGCUCCGUGGCGGAAUGUGGAUCCUCGGACGAAGCGGGCGGGCCGGCGGGGGGCGCUGCGCAGGUUGCCGCUCCGCGGCGUGGCGCGCAGAGUGCGCAGCAGGAGGGCCGCGGGGGGGGGCGCGGGGCCCCGGGGGUGCAGGACGAGCGCGAGAGGCAGCGGGAGCGGAGCGGAUUGGAUCGGCGGAACUUACUCUCCGCGCGGGAACGAGAGUCUAUCCCUCGCGUUUGCUCCGAUGAGAUCGCGCCGCGCCAGCUUUCGCGCACGAACAGCUGCAUCGACCACUCGCGGCCGUUGACGGCGCAGCGCGAGAAGCCGCACAGCAGUUUUGACGGCGAGCGGGAGCGCGAGAGGGAAGCGGAGCGGGAGGAGAGGGGGCGAGUGAAGGGCGGAGCGCGCAGAGGGGGGAGCGCAGCGGCGCACGCGAAUGGGGAGAGCGGAAGUUUGUCGCGAACGUCUAGCUGUAUGUCGGUUGGCGGCGACGAAGUUCGGCGACUGGAGAACGAAAUCGCUGUCUUGCGGCGGCAGCUGGUAACCGUCGGCCAAGCCAAGGCUGCCUUUGGCAACAGCGGUUCGGCAAGUGGCUCGGGCCAAGCCAGAGCGUGCCAGCAUUCCGGGCCUCAGGCCGAGGCUCGGUCGCCGGAAUGGCAGAGCAUCGCAAUGGAGGUGGUGGAACUGAGGGGUCAGCUAGAAGAGUUGUCUGACGCUAACGGGCGCUUAACGGAGCUGCUUGAAAGGAGGACGCAGGAGCUGGUCGCGACGAAAGAGGAGCUCAUAACGGCCAAGGAGGAGCGCGACGCGCUGGCCAAAGAAAUGGAGGCGCUGCUGGAAUCCCUGUCAGCAUCACCGCCCGCUGACGUGGCAAAUACUGGCAUGAGCGCCUCGCAGCAGCAACAGCAGCAGCAGAGGGUGCAGCAGGCGGAAGAGGAGGCGCGGCAGUUACAGUUACUACUCGAAACGGCCAUGGCGGAGCGAGACAUGGCUGUGCGCCUCGCUGCCGCCACAGGGAGACUCCCUGCGGGGCUCAUUCCGUCUACCAGCGUUGGCAGCAUAGCUCGUUCCUCCAGUGAAGAACCGUCGCCUCGCCUGCGCUUCACUCCCCUCGACGUCCGCUUCCGCACGUCAACCCUCAACUCGCGAUCCAAUUCCCCUUCGCCGGCUGCUUGCUCCUCCCCUUUCUCUCCUUCCAUGAACUCCUACUCUCCCUCCGCCUCUUUCUCGCCUUCUGCGGCCUCCUUCUCUCCCUCCUCUUUCUCCCCUUCCAGCUCGCUUACUAACUCCCCCUCCUGCCUGUCUCCUGCCGGCCGCCCGAGCGCAUACGCUCCGUCGCCGUUCCGCUCGCACAGCGAAUCUAGUUCCGGCAACCGAGUUGACACCUUAGCCAAGUCAUGGCUCGGCGCCGAGCCUGCGGGGCAGCCUCGGCAUGGAAUGAUGAGGAGCUCGAGCCGGGGCCUGGUGACGUCAGCCAUGCCAAGCAUGGACCCUGGUAGUCCUUCUGUUAAUGCUGGAUGGAGGGGAGCGGCGAACGGGGAGGUGCAUGUGGGGAAGGGGCACCUGAGGCGGACUUCAACUGCAGGAGGCGCCAUUGAAGCCAGGCGUGUGUUGGAAUCGCGAUCGCCCAUUUCGAUGAGCCGACCUGGAAGUGCUGAUAUAGGUGCGCUGCAGCAGGGGGCAGAGCAUGCUGUGGGGAGCAAGGUUGCAGAGAAAGGGGUGAAGAAAGGGGGACUGAAGGUCACGGGAGACUUCCCGCGGUCGUCUCGCUUCCGCGCAUCCCAUCACUCGCCCGCCUCCGCUCCGCCGCCCUCCGCGGGAUUCGCGAUUCCCCCCGCGACCCUUGCCGCCGGGGUGGGCAGUGCUUCCGCCACUGCUUCUCCCCCCGCACGCGCCUCCCCCUCCGCUGCCCCCUUUUCCACCAUCCCCGCUUCCGCCCGUUUCUCCACCGCCACUCGCAACCCUUCCGCUGCCUCCACGCCCGCUGACGCAUCCUCCUCCGCCGCCGCUGCCCCCGCCGCUUCCCCCGCGCCCCCCGCUUCCGCCGCGUCCGUCGGCGCUUCCGCCGCUCCCCGCGCUCCCCCCGCCCUCGUGUCCAUCUCGACGGUCCUCGUGGCGAAUCGCGGUGAAAUAGCGUGUCGCGUGAUGCGCACAUUGAAGCGCCUCGCGAUUCGCUCAGUGGCCGUGUACAGUGACGCGGACCGCGACGCGCUCCACGUGCGCUCCGCUGACGUUGCGUUCCGCGUGGGACCCGCCGCGGCGCGAGAGAGCUACCUGCGGGGCGACGCGAUUUUGGAUGUCGCGGAGAGAUGCGGGGCGCAGGUGAGUUGGGGGGAAGGGAGAGAAAGCGGCGCGCAGGUGAGUUGGGGGAGAGGGGGAGAGAGGGUGAGUUGUUGUGGCGCGCAAGUGACUUGGGGGGCACCCCGCCUCCCCGUUUUUCUCUCCCCACUCUGGUCCUCCUCCUCCUUUCCCCUUUUCCCGAUUAUCUACCCCCCUCUCCCACCUCUUGAGGCCAUUCACCCCCGCUACGGCUUUCUCUCAGAGAAAGGCGCCGUUGCCACAGCCAUGCCUGCCCCCCUUCCCCUCCGCACCCACCCCUUCUGCUACGGCUUUCUCUCGGAGAACGCCGGCUUUGUUGCAGCGUGCCAGCAGAGAGGAGCUCCUCCCCCUCUCCUACUUCCCCCCCUUUUUCCCACCCCCUUCCCCCCUCUCCCACCCUUGAAGGCCAUUCAGGCCAUUCACCCCGGCUAUGGCUUUCUCUCAGAGAACGCGGAUUUUGCUGCGGCGUGCAAGCAGAGGGGCGUGGAGUUCAUUGGCCCGCCGCCCAGUGCCAUACGAGCCAUGGGGGAUAAGAGUGCGGCCAAGGAGCUGAUGACGUCAGCAGGGGUGCCGGUGGUCCCGGGGUACCACGGCGAGGACCAAUCAGAGCAGUUCUUGCAGGAGGAGGCAGGGCGGAUCGGGUACCCGAUUCUGAUCAAGGCCACGCAGGGGGGCGGGGGGAAGGGCAUGCGCAUAGUGCAUCGCCCUCAGGACUUCCUUCCCAGCCUGGCGAGUGCAGCGAGGGAGGCGGCAGCAUCGUUUGGCAAUGGCCGGGUGUUGUUGGAGCGGUAUAUUCAGAGGCCCAGACACAUUGAAGUGCAGGUCUUUGCGGACAAGCACGGCAGCGUGGUGCAUCUGUUCGAGAGGGACUGCAGCGUUCAGCGGCGGCAUCAGAAGAUCAUUGAAGAGGCCCCUGCUCCAGGCAUAUCCGCGGAGUUCAGGGAGAAGAUCUGCUCCGCUGCUGUUGACGCUGCCAAGGCGGUGGGGUACGAGGGAGCAGGCACGGUGGAGUUCAUAAUCGACUGUGACAGUAACGAGUUCUUCUUUAUGGAGAUGAACACGCGCCUGCAGGUCGAACACCCAGUAACAGAGAUGGUAACAGGGCAAGAUCUCGUGGAGUGGCAGGUGCGCGUGGCACGAGGGGAGCCCCUCCCGCUCGCCCAGGGGGACCUGAAGCUCACAGGGCACGCCUUUGAGGCGCGGGUCUACGCUGAGAACGUUCCCAGAGGCUUCCUGCCGGCUGCUGGCCCGCUGCUGCACCUGCGCACUCCGGAACCCUCGGCUUGUGUCCGGGUCGAAACGGGAGUCCAGGAGGGCGAUGACGUCAGUACGUUCUACGACCCAAUGAUAGCCAAGCUGGUGGUGUCAGCGGCCAGCCGCAGCGCAGCAUUACAGCUGCUGCGGCAGUCCCUAGGGCGGUACGAGGUGGCGGGCGUGCCGACCAAUCUCGCGCUGCUCCAGGCUGUCGCGUGCCACCCGGGAUUCGAGCGCGCUGACGUGGACACACACUUCAUUCAGCGCCACCACGACGAGCUGAUGACGUCACCAGUGGCGUCAGCGGCAGCAGGGGGAGGGGUGGUGGGAUCGGCGGAAGCAGGAGCAGCAGCAGGGGGAGGAGGGGCAGGAGCAGGAGCAGGAGCAGGGGAAGGGGGAGCAGCAGGGGGGGGGGAAGGGGCGAGAGGAGUGGAAGGAGGUGGGGUCAAGUCGCUGCCCUUAGGUGGGGCAGAAGGCGCAGCAGUGGCAGGUAUGGUGUGCCAGUGUGUGGUGGAGAGAUGGAGGGAACAGGGGGUUGCAUCCCCCCCUUCCCCCUGGUCCUCCGCCUCUGGGUUCCGCCCCAACUACUUCUACUCCCGCCCCUUCGCCCUCUCCCCCUGCCUGGGGGGAGGUGGGGGCGCGGAAGGGGAGGGGGACGAGGGGGAAGAGGGGGAAGAGGCGGAGGAGGGGGAAGGGGGGGCAGAGGGGACGGGUAAGGAAGGGGCGGUGGAGGGGUGGAUGAGGUAUGAGCAGGAUGGGAGCUUCACGGUUGGGCUGGCGGAUGGGAGACACGUGGCAGCCUCUGGUUGGGUGGUGGAUGGAGAGGGGCGGCGGGUGGAGGUGGAGGUUGGUGGGGAGAGGAGCCGCGUGUCGUUCUUCCAAGAAAGCAUGCCGGACAGCAUCACCACCCACGUGUGGGUGAGCGGCCACCACCACCAGUUCGCCUCCCCCUGCCCCUCCGUCACCCCCUUCCCCCUCGACGACCACGAUGACUAUGACGACACACAUGGGCACGGGCAGAGCCAUGGGCACGGGCAGAGCCAUGGGCAUGCACAUGGGAGGGGGGUGGUAAUAGCGCCGAUGUCAGGGCGCGUGGUGCGGGUGGCAUGUGGGGAGGGCGCGUCUGUGCGCAAAGGGGAUGUGGUGGUCAUUCUCGAGUCAAUGAAGAUGGAGUCCCAUCUCCAAUCCACAAAGUUUCCACCUGUUACUUCAACCCCCGCCUCCCUCCUUCUCCUCCCCCCUCCCUCAUGUCCCCUCUCUCCCCCACACGAGCAGCAUUCGGUGAAGGCACGCCAAUCAGGUGUAUUAGCAGACGUGAGAGUGGCAGUGGGGCAGCAGGUGGCGGACGGCAUGCCUCUCUUCCGCGUGCUGCCACCAGAACAAGCAGCGUAA